AAAUGUUCAGAUCAUAGUUUGCUUCCAGAGAUAAACAUGUUACUGCGACCACCACUGCUCAUGCACUAAAACGUGAUUAGAUUCUGCGUUUUCCUGUUUUACAUCAUAUAAUCUUUGCCAGGGAAAUCCACCUAACUCAAGAAGAGGCUACGCGCUCUUGGAGAGUGCGCGCGCCCAAGUUUGGAGACCAGACACCGGCCAGAGAGCGCCCGGUGCGCGCGUUAAUUACAACCACACCGAGGCGAUUAUUAAGAGGAUCUGAAGAUGAAUGACACGGACAUAUUUUGCAAAAACAACCAAACAGCGAACUUGACUGACCCAUCAUGUCUGAACUCAACCCACCCGUCUUACAACCACAUCGACAUCACCACUUUCAUGCACAUAUUCCCUUCAAUUUAUGGGAUCCUGUGUUCAGUUGGAGUUAUAGCCAAUGGACUGGUCAUCUACGCAGUGAAAGCAUGCAAGAAGAAAAUGGUUUCGGACAUCUACGUGUUGAACUUGGCAAUAGCCGACAUGCUGUUCUUGCUUGUGAUGCCCUUCAACAUUCACCAGCUGGUCAGAGACAGACAGUGGGUCUUCGGAAACUUUAUGUGCAAAGCGGUUGUGGUGGUGGAUGUCAGCAACCAGUUUACCACAGUGGGGAUUGUUACUGUGUUGUGCAUUGACCGGUACAUUGCUAUUGUUCACCCCACCUCAGAGAAGAGGACCAUCCAGUGGACCAUCGUCAUCAACAUGCUGGUGUGGCUGGGAAGCUUCCUCCUCACUGUGCCGGUCAUGCUGUACGCCAGAGUUGUUCGCAGACAGCAUUUGGAGGUGUGCAUGAUGUACCUGGACGGGCCUGAGGACAUGUACUGGUACACUCUCUACCAAUCUAUCCUGGGCUUUAUCAUCCCUCUGAUCAUCAUCAGCACCUUCUACUCACUCACCCUCUAUCACGUGUUCAGCUCCAUCCGUCGCGUCAAACGUAAGCAGUCUGUUUGGGCUAAAAGAGCCACCAAGAUGGUCCUAAUGGUCAUCGCCCUGUUCCUGAUCUGCUGGUCGCCCUACCACGUCAUUCAGGUGAUCAACCUGACCAACAACAACCCCACUAUUGCUUUUGUGUAUGCCUACAACAUCAGUAUCUGCCUCAGCUACUCCCACAGCUGCAUCAACCCACUCAUGUUGCUCAUCUUCGCCCAGAAUUACCGCGAGCGUCUUUGCCACAGGAACGCACCGCACAGCUCCCAGCACUCGUCCAAGAUCACGGUAGUCAAAACGGAUGGAUCCAGUACGACCAAUGAUCCCAACUACCGCUGUACUGUCAUCUGAUCAGAAAGAUUACUUUUUGUAUAUACACAUGUAAAUGUUUUGCUGCUGGCCCCCGAAAAGGAAGUGGCUUGAUGAAUGGUGUUGCCUGUGAGGUAAUAUUCUCCAGAUAUUUCAAAUAAAUAAGUCGAAAAUGAACACCUUACAAAAAAACUGGGUGUGAAGCUUGAGAGGCAAUAUCAACCGCGACUAACAGGUAACGUCAAUGGUUUUCAACCUAUACAGUACCACAAUGUCUCAUUCAAUCACUCACAGUCACAUAUAAUCAUGUCUAAAAAUAACAGCCACCUCCCUUUGCUGAUGAAGCCACUGUCUCUCUCUACAUGCCAACUGAUUAUCAAACUAUCUGCCCUGCAAGACGGGCUUCUUUCCCCCUGAAAGCUGACCUACAGUGUACAUCUCUUUUUACUUAUCCUUGUAGGAUGAACCUCCCUUCACACGUCUAGCCUUGUCUAAUGACCUGCACUCAUUAUGAUAAUGAUAAUUACAUAUUAUCCCAUGUUAUUAUUAUUAUAUUAUUUAUCUACCCAACACUUCCCCCUUUCAUUAUAGUUAUUAUUUCACAAUAUAAGCAAUGAGAUCACAAUGGUUAUUACUUUUUAAUGGAUUUUCUCCUGCUAAAACUUGGUCACAGCCAAACACUCAUACCAAUGCACAUACUGCAGAUCAGCCCACUAGCUCACACUUUCAUCUGCAUAUUAAUUUACUUACAUAAUUCUCUGCUCUACACCGACUUAUUUAUUUAUUAACCCAUUCCUGUUUGAUCGUUUUAUCGUUUUAUUUAAUUAUUUGUUUUGCACCCAGACCCAUUCUCUCCCCCUCCCAGUUACGGUUAAUGAAGUUUCAGGAAAUCAUCCCACCAUCAACGGUGGUGAUGAGGCAGCACCUCUAGCUCAGCUGUAGAGUCCAGCGCAGGGUGGUGGUAGUCUCGGGGGGGGGGGUUUACAGGGCAGGGUAAUAGAGCAAGGACUGGGUCCACUGCAUUAAAGCAACGUUUUAUAUGAUUUGGUAUUUGUUGCUGGGUGUGCUCUGUGGUAAAUAUGGAUAACGUUACAAAUGUAUUUGUUAUGAUUACAUUGCUUAUGAUCAAAAAUGAGCUAGUCAACAUUUUGUUAACACAGCACAGCUAAACAUCAAGCAAGUGCAACAACACAAGACUUUGCUUGCCAGCUAAUAUAACUUAUUAGUCCCACAGCCAGAAGGCCAGCUUGCCGCUUUUUACUUCACAAAGCUCUCACAAGUCAGUCUGAGAUUUACUUGAAGAAGCUGCUGAGCCUGGUUACACUCCCCGCCUGCUGGCAUGUUGGUUGAGUGCUCUGAGCAACCAGUCCCAGGCGUUAAGGGCAGUACAGCGGCUAAGCAAACUAGCAAACAACAGCUACAUUUGGCAACUCUUUUAAUCACAGAGAGUUGAGGCAGAGCAGACAUCAGAGGGAAAAUGAGAAAACAUUUUCUCCAUAAAAUAUGAUCCAGUUUUCACAAAUAUCAGUGACAUAGUUGGUGGUGUGUGACUUAUUGCCAUAAAGCGCUACGCAUGUCCUGAUCUGGAGCAAAAAGUUACAUAGUGCAGGAACAGGUGUAUAAGGCACAGAGAGGGAAUGAAGCUGUUAUUGAAGCUGUUAUUUUAAGGUGGGAAAGUUACAUAAUUGUUGGUUUAAAAAUAAACCAAAAAUGAUCUCCCUUUCUUGGCAGUUCCUGAAAGGGGCCAUGGGUAUCUGCAAUGGACCAGCACCCUCCCAAGGGUCUAGGUGUGACCCAUACACUUAGGGUUUAGUUUAUCUACUUUCAUUUUAUUCUAUAUUUGUUUAUUUACUCAGUCUUUCACUCAUACACAUACACAUGUGUGCCCUGCAUAACAACUCUUAGCAACAAUAACGGGCUUGCAUAUAUUAUUAUAUAAUUAUAUAAUUAUAUUUAUCAUAAUAUCUAUUAUUUUCUUUUGGGGGGGGGUGUUCUGUCAAGUUUCUGUCAUGUUUCCUCCAUUUGAAUGUACAUAUAAACCCUUUUCCUCUACUUCUAUGUAUUUUAUAUCUCUACCUCUGUCUGUGUUUAUGUACUGUCCCCUUUCACAUAAAACAAAAUGAAACAAAGGUUUUAAACAGAAACUCUAAGGAAAAAGAAACAGAUCUACUGCUCAGAGGGAGGUGAGCUUGCUAACGAGGACAGCAACUGUCCCUGAGCCAAAACUAGAGAGAAUAUCAACACUGACUUUCAAAGAUGCACAGAUGACAAGGGACACUGAAAAGUCACUCAUAUGUGGCUCUUUUUUCUUUUGGACUCAGACCUUUCAUUAUUAACCUUUGUCAACCGCCGGCUACGUCCAUGCUGGACAGUGACAACACUGAAGUGCAGCUUGUGAGAUUUGUCACUGGCGAAUAUUAACAAGAUCAAGUGUGAAAUACUGAGAUAUUAGCUGUCUUAUUAUCAGCCAGCUUCCUGGGGGAUUAUGAUAAAAUGUAAUUCCACUUCAUAGUUGUAAGAGUUGUCUGAUGGAAACAUUGUGACUUAGUCAAUGGGAACACUUUGCUCAUAACCAAUGGCUAAUAAAUAAUGUACUAAUUCUUUAUAGAUCAGUUAUAAGGGUUCAGGUUGUAAAAAAUCUAACUGGCUGGUGUGUUUUUUUUUUUCAAUAAUGCAGUUAUAAAUGUUGGUAAUCCAUUAAUAAAUGCUCAAGAGUUUCGAAUAACACUAACUCAUUGUUUGGUAGGUGAAAGAAAUCAAAAGCAAUUCAAUUGUAUAGUAGUCAAACAUUAGAGAAACAUUUCACAGCUGGUUUCAAGUGCUUUUGUAAGUCCAAUAACAGCUCAGUUGUGUUAAAAAUUUGUCACUAACAUAACAUAUAACAUACAUAAGUACUGUAUCUAAUGAAUAUUUGCCAAUGGCUGCAGAAUGGAUGACACAUACAUACAUGCUGUACCUGAUAACAGAGCUGAACAGUCAGUACACUGUUGUUAUAAAUACAGUAUUUAAAGAGAAAUACUGGUUGGUUAUCAUGAGCACAGAUUUAAAGCCUGGUUAGUUUUAGACUCGGAAGAACAGCCCAUUUCUGUUGGUUUUAGACUCUAAUCGCUGGAAAAUGCAGCGUAAAACACCAGCGAGUGCUUUACACCCAAUGUCUGAACAACAUAAAGGCAAACAAGACAGAUUGUCGGGACAGGCCUACGAUGGGGCAGUUGAUCCCAGUGGAUGUGUUACAAUCUUUAUGGAUUGUUUUUAAAAUGUCCUUUCUUUUUUCUCCUGAGCUACAGUUACGAUCAUUUUAGCUGCACACCCCACCAACAGCGUCCUGUUAUCAGGUGGGGGUCAACUAAAUACUUGCAGGUUUGUUACCUGGGAGGUUAUCUGGUGAAACAGAUACAGUGAAAAAAGUGGAUACUAUAUAUUAUAUAUUAAUUUAGAUGGUGUUGGUUGCCUUAAUUAGCAGAAUAAUGUAGUUGUGUUCUCUUGUUGUCAUAUUCAUUGUACAAUGUCCUUCAGGUUGUUGUUUGUGGGUUUUUUUUAUUUUCAGUGCAAGAUCAAUCUGUAUUCACCCAAACUGCUCAGGAGCUGCUUUUAAAUUUAAGCUUUGAAGUGUAUCGUUUGUGACAAGGAGCUUUUUUCAUAAUGGACUCAAAAGACAGAAACAGUGAUAUUGCAGAGACAUGAAAGUACCUGUCCUGUGCUCUUGAAUCGCUAUAAUGUAAUUUGGCUGAUUGUAUAGUACAUUUGGACAUUUGGAUAAUGAAAAGUGAGACACGUUGUACAGAAACAUUAUAUUUGCAUUAUCUUUUGUCAUCAGAGUUAUUAAGUAUGUUUACAGUGGCACUGGAGCACUAAAUGUGAUGUACUUUGUGUCCUGUAUACAAAUCACUCCUCCAUAUGUUCAAAUAGACGUGCACCACACUGUCAUUAUAGGGUUCUUUUCUGUGCUGUGUGCAAAGAUUGUACAGUAGGCAUUGUUUUAGUCUGAUCAAGGCUGGAUUACCAUCUGGGCAAAGCAGGCAACUGGGUCCCAGGUCUGUAGGUUCACUCUGUGGAAAUUAGUGUAUGGUAAUUUUAUAAUAUGCAAAUGUGUUUGGUUAUAUUCACCAGUAACGCACAAUAUAAACUGAACUGGUAAAGGUGGCUCCUGCAUUCUUUUCAUGAUCUUGAGGCCUUGUGUUUUAAUCUAGUUUGAAUACCUUUAAAGGAGCACUCCCGUGAUUCACAAUUCAAUUUAAAAUUGGGGUCAGACGUUUAAGCCUUAGUGUUAGUUCAAACACACUAGAUCCUACAUUUCCUAUAAUGCAACCGAUAGCAUAUUUUUAUGAGACGUAAUCACGGUUAUUUUCAGACCUUUACGAGAGCUCCUCCAGAGCCACAGAAGAAAUUAUUCAACUGUUGUUGCUGUGAGUAUUCCUAAAUAAAGUUGAGUGUGAUCAGGUGGCCCACAGCUUAUUUUUGCCUCAGUGGUUUAAUCCGGCCCUGACUUCGAUGUAUAGUCCAUUUUCAGUGUGGUAUUGUUGAAAAGUUGUCACACAUUUUUGAUGUUGAAGUAAUGGCUACUAAUUCCACUGGCCAAUGAAAUCAUUUCAAUUGUAUGUGGUUGUUGUAGUCUAUGGUGAAACAUACAUGCCAUAACUUAUAAAUAAUCAAUAUAUGAGUCAUAACUGAAUGUAAACAUUGUUUGUAAAGAUUCAGACAUAUAUUGUGUGGUAUACUUGUAUACUUAAUUAUUUUCCAAAUGUUGUCAAUGGAGAAACUGCAGCCUGUACUUUGAUAGUCAGUAAUUUAAGCUUUGUCACACAAGCUGUUUUUAUUUAAUUAAUCAGUGCUCUUAUUUCUUUUUACAAUAUUUUACAAUUUUAACAACCAUAAAGAAUAUCUGGAAGAUUCAGGCUUUUAAUCAUUGAUUGGUGCAGUGGUAAUAUUCAAGAUUUAUCUUUGAUUGCCCUCACCACAUCAAACAGAAACACUUGACUUUGCUCUUAACAGUGAUUUUUCAUGAGCUUCUAGGGGAUGCCAAGUGAAGAAGUAGAAAAGGACUGCAUGAAAAUAAGACGGACUGUCAUUUAUGGUGUUGUGUCUGAUGUUGUGGGACAUAUUGUGACUAAUGUGACCCCAUUGGAAACAAAGGUCAGUGGGUUAACAGUAGAAACAGUCGCAGAGGGACAACAACAAACAAUCAUCCACUUACGUGACCCUGGAUGAGACCACGACCUUGUUUCUUGUUUGAUUAACUAACGGCAGAUUCAGACUGCAGAGGAUUUCAUAAAACUGCAUUAAAUUUCCUCUGAAUUAUCAA